UUCCGACAGCACUUUAACGCAGCGCUUGUUGAAUUCAGGGUGACGCGCAGCUGUGACCCAACAAAACUCCUCGGAACAAACAUAGUAAAGGAGGAGAAAAACAAUUAUGAAAACUACAGGUAACAUAACCUCAGCGGCUUUAGGAUCCUUCCUUCUGCUGCUUUGCGCGUGUUCAGCAAGAGGCGACUACUGCGAGGUGAACGCCUGCCACAAUGGAGCGACGUGCGUGACGGGAGUAGGAGAGGAUCCUUUCAUCUGCAUCUGUGCAGACGGCUUUGGUGGGGACACCUGUAACCUGACGGAGACAGGACCGUGCAGUCCUAACACCUGUAGGAACGACGGCUCCUGCGAGGUCAUCGCUCCGACCAGACGAGGGGAUGUUUUCAAUGAAUACAUCUGCAAGUGCCAGCCCGGGUUCGAAGGAGCGCACUGCCAGAUUAAUGUGAAUGACUGUGCCAAAGAUCCCUGUAGAAAUGGAGGAACCUGCCGGGAUCUUGACGGGGACUACACCUGCCAAUGCCCGUCACCGUAUGUCGGGAAGCAGUGCCAGCUACGUUGUAUUACCCUGCUGGGUAUGGAAGGAGGAGCCAUUGCGGAGUCCCAGAUCUCUGCGUCCUCUGUGCACUAUGGUGUUCUGGGUUUGCAGCGCUGGGGCCCCGAGUUGGCCCGACUCAACAACCAAGGCAUUGUUAAUGCCUGGACGUCAGCCAGCCAUGACAGGAACCCCUGGAUUGAGAUUAACAUGCAGAAGAAGAUGCGUCUGACGGGCAUCAUCACCCAGGGAGCCAGCCGCAUGGGCGCGGCAGAAUACAUCAAGGCCUACAAAGUGGCCAGCAGCCUGGAUGGAAUCAGCUACGUCACUUACAAAGGAGACGGCAUACGAAGAGACAAGGUUUUUGUGGGGAAUGUUGACAACGACAGCACUAAGACCAACCUUUUUGACCCUCCUAUCGUGGCGCAGUACAUGCGCAUCAUCCCCGUCGUCUGUCGCAAGGCCUGCACCCUGCGCAUGGAGCUGGUGGGCUGUGAGUUAAAUGUUUAUUCAAACACGGCAGGUUGCUCCGAGCCCCUGGGAAUGAAAUCUCGACUCAUCUCAGACGAUCAGCUUUCAGCCUCUAGCACUUACCGCACGUGGGGGAUCGAUACUUUCACCUGGCACCCUCAGUUCGCCCGGCUGGACAAGGCGGGGAAGACGAACGCCUGGUCUCCCGCUCAAAACAAUCGCUCCGAGUGGAUCCAGGUGGAUCUCGGUAAAACAAAACAGCUCACAGGCAUCAUCACUCAGGGUGCGAAGGACUUCGGGGUGGUGCAGUUUGUUUCAGAGUUUAAAGUUGCGUACAGUAAUGACGGAGAGUCUUGGAGUGUCGUUAAAGACGGAAACACUGGCAGUGAUCAGAUUUUCCAGGGAAACACCGACAACAACACUCACAAGAAGAACGUGUUCGAGCCGCCGUUCUAUGCUCAGUACGUCCGAGUCGUUCCCUGGGAAUGGCACGAGCGCAUCACUCUACGCAUGGAGCUGCUGGGCUGCGAUGACUAAACCGCUGAUCUUUCCUCGUCCGUUUCUUCCACGGAACGUGGAUCUCAUCUUGACGCUCCGCGGAGACAACGUCUCCCGAGUAGUUUGGACAUUAACACUUAUAGCACUUUCUCAUUAGUGACUUUUUUAUGUUUACAUGGCUACAUUAAUUGUCAUUCCAGCCUCUGGUGAAUUACAAAGCACUUAUUUGAUUAGUUCUAAUUUUAAUAGCUUUGGACUGUGUACAUAUAUAAAUAUAUAUGUCUUUCAUUUGGGUAAUUUACAGCCUGGAAGGAUUUAACAUGGUUUUUAACAGUAUCCAGAGAACAAAUGCUAGGCUCCAUUUUGGCGAUCUCUGACUUAUGCAAAACUUGCAAAAAUAUGUGAGGACUUGUGAAACACAGUGCGAGUAUUGUUUAGUAUUUUUGCCCCAGAAAAAGAGAAUAUCCAACAUUAGAUAGCUGAACUGGUUUUGCAAUUGAUGGUUUUUAUGUCAUUUACAUAAUUUUCUGUUUGUCACUGCUCUAAUUUGAUUUGUACAACAAACAUGAAAUAUAUUGAAAAUAUUCAAAAACAACAAAAAAAAACAUUGUUCAGUUUUGGGGUUUUUUUAACUGCUUGUUGGUCUGGAACUAAGAUUGUUAAUAAAUGUUAAACAAAAUCUC